AUGAGGCCGACGCUAUCCCGGCCAUUUCAAUACACUCUCCGAGUGCUCGGCCAUGAGAAUCCCUUGGGACUCCCCAAGUCAGGCACGCCGCCGAAUUGGCCCAAGAAACCUGUCCAGCGCAAGAUCCGUGGCGUAGAAAAGGUCAUCGCCGUCUCGUCCGCCAAGGGUGGCGUUGGCAAGAGUACGAUUGCAGCAAACCUAUCACUGGCCUUUGCCCGACUCGGUUACCGCGCUGGCAUUUUGGACACCGACAUCUUUGGUCCAUCUAUCCCGACGCUCUUCAACCUGUCGGGAGAGCCUCGGUUGUCACAAAACAACCAGCUGGUCCCAAUGACAAACUAUGGUGUCAAGACUAUGUCGAUGGGCUACCUCGUACCAGAAGAGGACGCUGUGGUGUGGAGAGGACCGAUGGUGAUGAAGGCUAUCCAACAACUACUUCACGAAGUUGACUGGGGCGCCUUGGACAUCCUUGUUCUUGAUCUGCCUCCUGGUACCGGCGACACGCAGCUAACCAUUACUCAGCAGCUUCUUCUUGAUGGGUCCAUCAUCGUCACCACGCCUCACACACUCGCCGUCAAGGAUGCUGUCAAGGGCAUCAACAUGUUUAACAAGGUCAACGUCAACAUCUUGGGCUUGAUCCAGAACAUGUCACUCUUCAACUGCCCACAUUGUCACGGCAAUACGCACGUCUUCGGGUCCAAUGAGAGAGUCGAGCGCAUGUGCAGAGACCACAACAUCAGCUUCCUGGGCGACGUCCCCUUGCACCAAUCCAUCGGCGACAAUGCAGACCUGGGCAAGCCUACUGUUGCGGCAGAGCCGACGAGCGAGAGGGCCGAAAUCUUCCUCAAGAUCGCCAGAGACAUUGCGCCGAAGAUUGACCUUUGCAUGCCUUAG